CCUGGUUGGAUUUGGCCAAUGGAAGGCACUGGCAUGGACUGGUGGGAGAGAGGGAGGAAGGAAAGAGUAGGUGAUGACCAUUUGUCUAGAUUCACAUUAGAAAUCACCUCUUUAUUUUUGAGCAGCACAUUGGCUGUUAGUUUCUUGGCUCUAGUCAGUGGAUGGAAAGGCCUCUCUUUCUGCUGCUUCUACUGUGCAUGCAACGGCUAUACGGUUAACGACCUGAUCCCAAACCUAAAAUCUCUGAAGAAAUGUGACUUAGAAAACCCCAAGCUGGCAGGGGCAUGGAGAAUAGAACCAUUAGCAGGAUGGAAUGUUGGAAUAGAAGACACCAGGGCCUGGAUCCUGUCUUCACUUGAGCUGAAUGGGACUGGGCUGGAAUGCCACUCAGAGCUCUGUGACCGGGAAGAAUGGAAAUAUCAUGUUGGGGAUUUAAGAGCACAUCACACCAGCCAGGUUAAGUGGGAUUCAAGGGCCCUCCAGGAAGGACAGCCAAGAUUUUUUGAUUCAACACUGAAUAAAGAAGCACCUGGAAAAAGAAGGCACGUAUGCUCUGAUUUUCAACAUCAUUGAAGAUUAUUACAACUUCCCUUCAUAAUAUACUGUAAAUUUUAUUAUAAAGCACCAAUUCCUUGGCUCCUAAGAACAAUCUUCGGGAAAGAGUGCUCCAUACUUCUUACUCUUUCAGUAAUGUGAGAGGAGACCUAAUGAAGCUCUUCAUGCAAAUUUUCCAGUUACCAGGAAUACCCUAGUCUGCUGAGUCACUGCUGUGCGAGGAGUUCUCCUGGGACAUGAAUUAAGGAGCAACAUCCAGCUCUAUGUCUAUGAGGCAGCAAAAAAGCUGUCCCAGAUUUAUUUACUGCCCCCAAUUUUCAUUUUUUGCCGAAAGAGCAGUAAGAGGGAACGAAGAAAUUAACAUUAGCUAGAGGUUUUUUGUGUGUGUUUUUUUUUUUUAAGAGUUGU